GCGCACUCAGGCAGUUGUAAACAGAGAUGGCGCUGCACGGAGGAGCCCUGCGUCUGAACCUGCUAAUCAGAAGUCGCUUUUUGUACAAAUCCAACUCAUUUAUUGGUGUCCGGUCGUUGUCCGAAAAGGUGUCAUCCAAACCCGACUCAUCCAGUGCCCCAGAGACAGCGCCUGACCAUUUAAUCUACACACAAGAGCACUUUGCAUUAAAGGACUCCCUCAGAAAGAUCAUCGAUCAGGAAAUCAACCCCCAUGUGGAUCAGUGGGAAGCAGAAGGGAAGUUUCCUGCCCAUAAAGUUUUCAAGAUCCUAGGAAAUGCCGGUUUUCUUGGAGUCAAUAAACCAGUCGAGUAUGGAGGCCUAGGUUUGGACUUCAGCUACAGCGUCGCCGUGUCAGAGGAGUUGGGAAACAUCCGUUGUGGAGGUGUCCCCAUGGCGAUCGGUGUCCAGACUGACAUGGCUACACCUGCAUUGGCCAGGUUUGGCUCAUCUGAGCUAAAGGAAGAGUUCCUCCUGCCCUCCAUCAUGGGAGACAAAGUGGCAUGCCUUGGUGUGAGUGAAGUCGGAGCCGGCUCUGAUGUCUCAAGUAUUGUGACCAAGGCUGUCAAGAAAGGCGACGAAUAUGUGAUCAACGGGGGAAAGAUGUGGACCACCAAUGGUACCCAGGCUGACUGGAUGUGUCUCCUAGCCAACACCAGUGAUGGACCUCCACACAGGAACAAAUCUCUCAUCUGUAUGCCCAUGAACCUGCCCGGAAUACACAUUGCCCGCACAAUUGAUAAACUGGGUAUGUGGUCAUCAGACACAGCCCAAGUGUACUUCGAUGACGUCCGCGUUCCCUGCAAGAACAUCAUCGGCCAGGAAGGCAUGGGCUUCACCUAUCAGAUGCUUCAGUUCCAGGAAGAGAGGCUCUGGGCUGUGGCCAAUAUUGUAACUACAAUGGACAUCAUCAUCCAGGAGACUAUCCAGUACACACGGCAGAGGAAGAUCUUCAAGCAGCCAGUUCUCUACCACCAGACGGUUCACUUCAGGUUGGCAGAGCUGCAGACGGAAGUCGAGCUGCUGCGCUCCCUCCUCCACCGUUCCACAGCAUUGUUCAUAAAAGGCAAUGAUGUGACCAAGCUGGCAUCCAUGGCCAAACUGAAGGCAGGCCGCCUGGCAAGAGAGCUGAGUGACAGCUGUCUGCAGUUUUGGGGCGGAAUGGGCUUCACCAGUGACGUGCUGGUCAGCAGAUUUUAUAGAGAUUCCAGGUUAUUGUCAAUUGGUGGUGGAGCUGAUGAGGUCAUGCUGGGAAUCAUUUCCAAGUACAUGGACACACUCCCCAAGAAUUGAUGUCAUCAACGCUGCUGAUAAUGUGAUAUUUAUUCACAAAACAGCUUCCAUACACAGAUCACCUGAAGUGCAGUUCUGAAAUGUUUUAACAGUUUAAUACGUAUAGGAAAUAAUAUUUUGCGUUUUGCCUUUGAUUGUUUGAACUCUUAUAUUCAUGGCCAGACUAAUACUCUGAAAACAAAAUUUCUUUAUCAUCUUAAAAAUGUGAAUAGCUGAAGACAAAUUGUAUGUAAUGUAAAUUGUAACAAGUUAAUUCAAACAAUGUUUGUCCAUUGAAAUCUAAACCUAUUUUUCAGCUGAGGACAGUAAAUAAUGUACUAAAUUAAAGUUGUCAUGCAAAGGUUCUGA